AGCUGAAAUUUCCUUCAUGAGUGGGAGUGUCCGGAAGCGAACAGGCACAUUCGUCUCCAAGUUCCGGAGUGAUUCUGUCAAAUUUGUCCUCUUUCAGUUUUCGUUUUCUUUCUCAAUCCAUGAAAAUUGAAAUUUCUGAUACUUGUUUUUCUGUAAAGAAUCCCUAAAAAGUAACCCUUUGAUCCACUCUCCCUAUCGUUUUCUCACCCACUUUUCACGUUCUCCUCAAUUUCACCUCAUUAUGAUUCAGUCCCAAAGCUUCCAAUUCUUCAACCCCUUCCAAAACAAUGCUCCUUAGCUGUUAAUCCUUUCACAAUGGGCGACUCCGGCAGCGUCUCCUCCUCCUCCUUCGAUUCCGCCUCCGUCGCCACCGCCGACCAGGUGCAGAAUGCAGUUGGGGGUCGCAUGAGUGGCGACGGAGGCCAAGCACUGUCGGCUGAAUCAUCUCGCCGUUGGCAAGAUAUUUUCUGGUCCAUUGUGUUUAUGAUUCAUUUGAUCAGCGUGGGAUUUGUUCUGGUGGUUCUGGGGCUUAAUAGGUUCAAGAAGAGCAAUAGAUUACAAAUCGAUAAGUACACAAAUACUAUUAUGGAGAAUAGGGAUGGAUUGACAGAGGAUUACUGGCCUCUGUAUGCUUUAGCAGGUGGAGUUGGAACCUUGCUUGGGUGGACUUGGUUGUUCUUGCUUGGUUCUUUUGCAAUUCAUGUAAUGAAGAUUUCUGUGCACAUUUUGACUACUUUUCUUGCUGUGAUAAGUGUUUUGUGCUUCUGGGGCCAACUAUUUUUCUGGGGUGUAGCAUUUGGAAUUGGUGCAGGGCUGCAGUUCCUCUAUGUUAUAUCAGUUAUAGACAGACUCCCAUUUACACUGCUAGUGUUGCAAAAGGCUGUAAAGAUGGUAUCCGGGCUUCCUGAAGUUAUAAGAGUUGCAUUUGCUUUCAUGAUUGUCAUGCUUUUGUGUAUGGGAAUUUGGUCUUUUGGAGUAGCUGGUAUUGUGGCAUCGAGUAUGGGUGACGGUGGACGCUGGUGGCUACUUGUGGUUUUCUCGAUAAGCUUAUUUUGGGCUGGUGCUGUUUUGUGUAAUACUCUACAUGUUGUAGUUUCCGGAAUGGUGUUUCUAGUUCUAAUCCAUGGCGGCAGAGAGGCUUCGUCUAUGCCAUCAAAGUCGUUGGUAAAGGUUUUACGAUAUUCUGUGACAACAUCUUUUGGUAGCAUUUGCUAUGGAUCACUUUUUACAGCUGCUAUCCGGACACUGCGGUGGGAGAUCAGGGGAAUCCGAUCAAAGAUUGGCAAGAACGAGUGUUUGCUUUGCUGUGUUGAUUUUUUGUUUCAUCUUGUCGAGACUCUUGUUUGUUUCUUCAACAAGUAUGCUUAUGUUCAGAUUGCAGUUUAUGGUAAAAGCUUCAACCGUUCAGCCAGGGACGCCUGGGAAUUAUUCCAGUCAACUGGAGUUGAAGCUCUUGUUGCCUAUGAUUGUUCAGGAUCUGUUCUGUUGAUGAGCACCAUCAUGGGCGGGCUCACCGCUGGAACUUGCUCGGGCAUUUGGACAUGGAUCAAGUGGAAGGAUAAGGUGUCAAUGGUGGCAUGUACUGCAACAUUGAUGGGAAUGGUCCUGGUAGGCCUUGCAAUAGUCGUUGUGGAAAGUGCCGUUACAUCCAUAUACAUCUGUUAUGCGGAAGAUCCCUUGUUGAUUCACAGAUGGGAUGCUGAAUUCUUCAACCAGAUGUCGGAGAUGCUUCACCAGCGCCUUCAGCAUCGGAGUUCACGAGCAAGGGAAGUGUUAACAGAGUAUCGGUUUGACAGCCGCAGAGAAGACCUGGUACAGGCAUGAACUCCGGUACCGUGCACAACCCAAUUUGUUAACUUCAUUCACUUGAAUAAAACUAUUUUUGUUUGAGUUGUGGAGUUUACUUUUGUUAAUGUAACAAUCAAUCAACUGUAUAAUAGUUUAAGAUUCCAAGAGUGAAAUAUAUCAGUAGCUGAAAAAUUU